CACCACGUUGCCACACACUAAAAUUACGGAGGUGUUGCGUUUUAGUUGUCGAUUGCCGAGACCUCCGCUGCUCUUUCUUUAGCCCCUGCUGUUUUUAGGGGCCCCUUCAACUAAAGGAGGCAGAGGAAGGCGAUUUCAAACCAAAAAAGACCGUGCAGGUGUCGCCGCCCGACCACGUUCCCCCAGCGGGGCCUAUCUACCCUGGUACCUACCCCAGCGAUGGCGUUCAAGGAGCAGUACGCCAUCUUUGCGGUGCCCAAGGGCCAGCUGCAGGGGCAGCUCCAGGCGGAGAUCGUGCAUUUGGGCAUGAAGUGCCACGCGCCCACCUUUGCGCCGCACACCACCGUGCUGGCAGCCAUCGAGCGGCCACGAGAGGAGGUGCUGGCCGUCGCGGCCGAGAUGUGCAAGCACGUCAAGAAGUACCGCAUUAACUUCACGGAAGUCGCUUGCGGCUCCAUCUACUACCAGUGCGUGUACCUGUUGGUGGACAAGACGGAGGGAGUGCUGGCGGCGGGUGCGGCGGCGCGGAAGGCAUUCGGCAUCACCACAGGCCCCUACAUGCCGCACCUGUCCCUGCUGUAUUCAGACAUCCCCCAGGAGGAGCGUGCCAAGAUUGUGGAGCACGAGAAGGAGCGGCUCUACGACAACCCCGCCACCCGGCUGCUGGAGACCGGCUUCGAUGUGGACAGCCUAGCUGUGUGGUACGUGCCCGAGGAGGACAAGUCGCUGGCGGGGUGGUGCCAGCUGGCGGAGUUCCCGCUGGCGGACUGAGCGCGCUGGACAACUGAACAUUGAGCGCUGAGCACUGAUCAUGCAUGGCGCUGGUGCAGAGUCACAGGAUGGGGCCACGAAGGUAAGGAGGUAGCAUGCACUGGGUUUGGAUGGGGUAAACUAAUUCAUGCAAGGGGUGUGGGACCGCCGCAGUUGAUUGUGGAGGUAGGAGCAGGAUGGCUGCGGCUGCAGUUUGUGGGCUGGUGUUUCGGGUACACGCGACGCCAACUCUGCCACGAACAUGCGCGAUGAUGGAGAUGCUGCUUGGUAGAGCGCGGCCUGCGGCCCUGCGCCGCGGUGGGGGCGGCGGCGAUGGUGGUGGUGGAGGGCCUGGCCCCACCACCAGCAGCAGCAGCAGCAGCAGCGGCGGCAGCAGCAGGAGCAGCAGCAGCACAGGGCCUGGCGGCAGCGGCCCUGGGCCCAGCAGUUGCGGCGUGGGUGUACGUAGCGGAGGGGGCGAGCAACGCCACGUGGAGGAGGUAGGUGAGCGCGGCGCCGCCCAAGAAGCGGCGCCGGCGCGCAGGUUGAGGCCGGCCGGUGUCUAGUUCGGGUCUUUGCUGGCGAAAAUAGCACCACACAGUAUGUGGUAGGCCGCAGCAGUGAGGAAUGUUGUGGCUAGAGGAUGUCCUGCUGUUUGGUUGAUUGCUGGCUGUGCUUGACAGCGGGACGUGGCUGGACGCAUGGCGGGCCGUGCCUGUACGAACCGACCCGGCUAUGUCCGGGAGAUGAGGCAGACGCCUGCGGCCUCAGACUAGAGACGUGGCGUGGGCUCAGCCCACUUUUGCCAUGCGAGGGGAACCACAUAUCUUGUCUGUACAUAGCGUGAGCAAGACGGCGUUACUUGCGAAGUGGCUUUUGUUUGUUGCCGUUUCCUGUGCAAGUUAGCACGCGGCAAAUGCGGCAUGGUGUCAGGUGUCUGGUUUGCGGUGUUAGCUGGCGAGCAUAGCGUGGCACGGUGCAUGUGUGGUGCUGUAUGGUUUGUUGCCUGCUCUGCUUGUGCUUGACAGCGGGACGCGGCUGGGCACAUGGCGGGCGGUGGCUGUGCAAGCUCGACCUCGGCUAUGUCCGGGAUUUCAAACCUUCGACCUCAGACAUUGCACAAACGUGGCGUGGGCGCAGCCCACUUUUCCCUUGCAAGGGAGAGUCACCUUUCUUGUCUACAAUAAUGCUACUACUAUACGGUGCUUGCAAGGCGCCAGCCAUCCGACAGCAGCGACGCAGUUACGGGUGUUACGCCCUGUUACGCCCUUGGCCCAGCGUCGUCCCAGCUUACAGCUUGAUGUAAACGGCAUACUAUGGCCCAAGUCAGGGCUUGCGCAGGAACGCGUGCGCGUUGUGCCUCGGUGUGAGCUGACGACUAGAAGCUCUGCCGCGGGAAACGCAGCUGACGAGUGCGUUGAGCCCACGUAUGUUAGAAGGUAAUUGUGUUUUCCCCCUGCGCUCCGCGCGCGCGUACCCUUUCCCCUUCCCCCUCUUUUUCCCACUACCCUUAUAUCCAAAUUUUGCCAGCAACCUACGCCCAUUCGGGCAGGGGUGCAUUCGGGCCUUGCUGAAGGAGCGCGUCUGGAAGUACUCCGGUAGACGGUAGUCCGGUUCCGCUGGGUGCACCACUGGAUCCGCUUAGAUGCUGGAAGUAUAGUAGGGCGCGAGCAGGGGGAGGCAGCAGCCUGUCCUGGGCGGCUUCAGGCGCACCGUGUGUUUGCGCCUCGCGGCAUCCACGCGCGCCGGUGUUUACCUGGGCACGAUAAGCUAAGCUAGAAGUACCCAAUCUGUAAUGCUUACAUGUAACUAAUCGUCCACGAGAAGUCCACGAGAAGUCCACGAAUUGCAUGUCGCGGCGUAGGGCACGGCAGCGGGAGCAGGCGGGAGGAACGGACGGAGGGAUGCAGAGUAUGUCGCUACCGCCCAGCAGCUGGGCACGCGAUGUGAUCCGGAGCUACUAAUUUGGGCUCGCCUGGGUGCAGGGGGGGCAGUAGGAUGUCGCCCCAGGGGGCAGGGGGGGCAGUAGGAUAUCGCCCCAGGGGGCAGGGACGGCAGUAGGAUGUCGCCCCGGGGGGCAGGGGCGGCAGUAGGAUGUCGCCCCGGGGGGCAGGGACGGCAGUAGGAUGUCGCCCGGAUGGACUAAGGAUUGCGCCCGCACGCACUUAAGAU